AUGCGAGUGACAGGAACAACAGAUCGUGUGAGAGGCUCCCUCUGCCUCAGCGAUGGAAGUAAAUUUGAUGGAGAGUUAUUUGGGGAGCCGUGUGACAUUGCAGGAGAAGUCGUAUUUCAGACUGGGAUGGUUGGAUACCCAGAAUCUCUCACAGACCCCUCAUACAGGAAGCAGAUACUUAUCUUAACAUACCCACUGAUUGGGAACUAUGGUGUACCAUCAGAUGAAGAGGAUGAGUUUGGACUCCGAAAGUGGUUUGAGUCUGCCAGGAUCCAUGUUGCAGCUCUGAUAGUGGCUGAUCUUUCCCAGGAUUACAGCCAUUGGGGAGCUACUAAAUCCCUGUCUGACUGGCUUAGAGAGUACAAAGUACCUGCCUUAUAUGGGUUAGACACCAGGGAGCUCACAAAAAAAAUCCGGGAAAAUGGAUCUAUGUUGGGCAAGGUUGUUCAAGAGGGCACAAAUCCAGAUUCAUUGCCGUUUAUGGAUCCUAAUGAUCUCCAUCUGGUGGGAGAGGUGUCAGCAAAGGCUCCAGUUGUGUAUAACAGUUCUGGUGAUGUUACGAUUUAUGCCAUUGACUGUGGUAUAAAAAACAACCAGAUACGUUGUCUUUGUGAAAGAGGUGCAAAGGUCAAGGUUGUGCCGUGGGAUUACCCAAUAAACAGCAAAGACUAUGACGGCCUAUUUAUCAGUAAUGGACCUGGAGAUCCCCAGAUGUGUGCCAAGACAAUAUCAAAUUUGCGACAGGUACUUAACGAGGAUGAAUCCACCUGUAAACCUGUGUUUGGGAUAUGUCUGGGCCAUCAACUCAUGUCCCUGGCCAUUGGGGCUAAAACCUUCAAAAUGAAGUAUGGAAACAGGGGCCAUAACCAGCCUUGUAAAUAUGAUCAUCAGAGAGCCAUUCGUUGUUUUAUUACCACACAGAACCAUGGGUUUGCAGUAGAUGAAUCAACUUUAGCUCCAGGCUGGUCUUCUCUCUUCACCAAUGCCAAUGAUAAAACUAAUGAAGGCAUCGUACACAACACCAAGCCUUUCUUCAGUACACAGUUUCAUCCUGAACACAUGGGAGGGCCACGGGAUCUUGAUAUCCUCUUCUCAGUAUUCCUUGACCAAGUACGCAACCACAAACAAAAGAACUUAAGUCCCUCAGUGUCUGAACGCUUGUACAUGACUCUGCAGACGCCAGUCACUGUGCCUCCCCCACUGACCAUGAGGCCAAAAAAGGUUCUUAUUCUGGGGUCAGGAGGACUGUCUAUUGGACAGGCAGGAGAAUUUGACUACUCGGGAUCACAGGCAUUAAAAGCACUUCGUGAGGAGAGAAUCCAAACUGUACUGAUCAACCCAAACAUUGCUACAGUGCAGACAUCUAAAGGAAUGGCUGACAAAACUUAUUUCCUGCCAAUCACACCUCACUAUGUUACCCAGGUAAUUAGAAACGAGCGACCAGAUGGCAUUCUGCUGACGUUUGGAGGUCAAACAGGACUAAAUUGUGGUGUUCAGCUAACCAAACUGGGCACACUGGAAAAAUUUGGGGUCAAAGUUCUUGGCACCCAAGUUGAGUCAAUCUUGUGGACUGAAGAUCGUAAAGUUUUUGCUGACAAGAUGGCAGAGAUUGAUGAAUAUGUAGCUCCUAGUGAGGCAGCUUACAACACAGAACAGGUGGUACAAGCAGCUGAGCGCCUUGGAUAUCCAGUGCUAAUUCGAGCAGCAUUUGCAUUGGGUGGUCUUGGUUCAGGAUUUGCUGAAAACAGGGAUGAACUUCUAACACUCGCUAACUCUGCAUUUGCUCACACGAGUCAAGUUCUGAUUGAUAAAUCACUGAAAGGCUGGAAGGAAGUUGAAUAUGAGGUGGUUCGGGAUGCUUACGACAACUGUAUCACGGUGUGCAAUAUGGAGAACGUAGAUCCACUUGGAAUCCAUACUGGUGAAUCAAUAGUGGUAGCACCAAGUCAGACACUCACCAAUACUGAUUACAACAUGCUUCGGUCUACUGCAAUCAAGGUUAUCCGUCACCUGCAGGUUGUAGGAGAAUGCAACAUUCAGUAUGCCCUAAACCCAGAAUCUCAUCAGUAUUACAUUAUUGAGGUAAAUGCCCGUCUGUCUAGGAGCUCUGCCCUGGCCAGUAAAGCCACCGGCUAUCCUUUAGCCUACAUAGCAGCAAAGCUAGCCUUAGGUAUGUCCCUCCCUGAUCAACCAAACUCAGUGACAAGUUCAAAGGACUAUACCACAACAGCCUGCUUUGAACCCAGUCUUGAUUAUUGUGUGGUGAAAAUUCCUCGCUGGGAUCUCAAGAAGUUCUCACGUGUGUCAACAAAGAUCGGAAGCUCUAUGAAGAGUGUUGGGGAGGUAAUGGCUGUCGGACGCAAAUUUGAGGAGGCCAUACAGAAAGCCCUUCGCAUGAUGGAUGACACAAAGGAAGGCUUUGAUCCCUACCUGAAGGCUGUAUCUGAAAGCGAACUACAAAACCCUACUGAUCAGAGAAUUUUUGUGCUGGCUGCUGCACUGAAACAAAAUUACACCAUUGAUACACUGUAUGAGCUGACGAAGAUUGACAAAUGGUUCCUCAACAAGUUCAAGAACAUCACAGACUACUACACAGACCUAGAGGCCUACAGAGGAAGGGCCAAUGAAAUUCCCCGAACAUCGAUGAUGGUGGCCAAACAACUGGGCUUUUGUGAUGAACAGAUAGCUACUGCAGUUGAGAGUACAAGCUUGGUGGUCCGGAAAUUGAGAACAGAGAUGAAGAUCACACCUUUUGUAAAACAGAUUGACACAGUGGCAGCAGAAUGGCCAGCCCAGACUAACUACUUGUACCUAACGUACAAUGCUGCAUCCCAUGACCUCAAAUUCCCCGGGGGCUAUGUUAUGGUGAUUGGUUCUGGUGUCUAUCGCAUUGGCAGCAGUGUGGAGUUUGACUGGUGUGCAGUCAACUGUAUCCAAGAACUAAGGGAGAUGGGCCACAAGACUAUCAUGGUCAACUACAACCCAGAGACUGUCAGUACUGACUACGAUAUGUGUGACCGCCUCUACUUUGACGAGAUCUCUUUUGAGACUGUGAUGGAUAUCUACACUAUGGAAGAACCAGAUGGCAUCAUCCUGUCCAUGGGGGGACAACUCCCAAACAACAUUGCUAUGGCACUUCACCGACAACAAGCACGAAUACUUGGUACAUCUCCUGAAAGUAUAGACAAUGCAGAGAAUCGAUUCAAGUUCUCCAGAAUGCUUGACAACAUGGGAAUUAGCCAGCCACAAUGGAAAGAACUCACCAACAUGGAGAAUGCUAAGCUGUUCUGUGAGGAAGUUGGUUACCCAUGUCUGGUGCGUCCAUCUUACGUGUUGAGUGGGGCAGCUAUGAAUGUGGCACAUUCUCACCAUGAUCUGGAGACUUUCCUUACUCAAGCCAGCGCACUCUCCAAGGACAACCCCGUCGUCAUCUCAAAGUUCAUCCUGGAAGCCAAGGAAAUUGAUGUAGAUGCGGUGGCAUGUGAUGGUGAAGUGAUUUGUAUGGCAGUAUCAGAGCAUGUUGAAAAUGCUGGAGUUCAUUCAGGGGACGCAACUCUAGUUACUCCACCACAGGAUCUCAAUGAAGAAACACUGGCCAAGAUCAAACUGAUCUGCUGCGCUAUUGGUCAAGCCUUAGAAGUCACUGGGCCAUUUAAUCUCCAGCUCAUAGCCAAGGACAACCAACUGAAGGUCAUUGAGUGCAAUGUCAGAGUAUCAAGGUCAUUUCCAUUUGUGUCCAAAGCUUUAGAUCAUGACUUUAUUGCCACAGCAACCAGAGUGAUUAAGGGUGAGAAGUUAGAACCAAUCAGUGUCCUGUAUGGAGUUGGGAAAGUGGCAGUCAAGGUACCAAUGUUCUCCUUCUCAAGGCUGCAUGGUGCCGACGUUCUGCUGGGUGUUGAAAUGGCAAGUACUGGAGAGGUAGCAUGCUUUGGCGAGAACCGCUACGAAGCCUAUCUCAAAGCACAGAUUUCAACAGGGUUCAAAAUUCCACGCAAAAACAUCCUUCUUUCCAUAGGAAGCUUCAAGUCUAAGACAGAGCUUCUGCCAACUGUGAAGACCCUGCUGAAGAUGGGGUACAAUCUGUAUGCCAGUAUGGGCACUGCUGACUUUUAUAACACACAUGGACUACAGAUAAAACCAGUUGACUGGCCGUACGAGGAUACUGGAGAGGUGAAGAGUGGAGGUGAACAGCGUACUAUCGCUGACUACCUAGCUGAUAACAUGUUUGACCUUGUCAUCAACUUGCCACUGAGAAACGCUGGGUCCUACAGGGCUUCUUCCUUUGUUACCCAAGGCUACAGAACCCGACGAAUGGCUGUCGACUACUCCGUACCGCUCAUCACAGACGUCAAGUGUACCAAGCUUAUUGUUGAGGCUCUAAGAAGGAUCCAGGGAUCUCCACCAGUCAAGACACACAUAGACUGCAUUGCUUCACACAGGUCAAUCCGACUGCCAGGAUUUGUUGAUGUACAUGUUCAUGUGAGGGAGCCUGGAGCCACACACAAAGAAGAUUGGUCCUCUGCUACUGCUGCAGCUCUAGCUGGAGGAGUCACCAUGAUAUUGGCCAUGCCCAACACCAAUCCUCCAACAGUAGACGAAGCAGCAUUUAACAUCACACAGAAGCUUGCAAAGGCAGGAGCACGCUGUGACUAUGGUGUUUUUGUUGGAGCUAGCAGCAGUAACUAUCAGACCCUGCCACAGAUUGGCUCACGAGCAGCAGCGCUGAAGAUGUACCUGAACGAAACCUUUACAACACUUCAGCUGGAUGAUCUUUCCAUCUGGAUGAAGCACUUUGAGCAUUGGCCGAAGAACCUGACUUUGUGUACUCAUGCUGAGAGAACACACACAGCAGCCGUUAUCCUUCUGUCAGAAUUGUAUAAACGCCCGGUACAUAUCUGUCACGUCGCACGCAAGGAGGAGAUCUUGGUGAUUCGUGCAGCCAAAGAGAAGGGUUUAGCUGUGACUUGCGAGGUUGCUCCUCACCAUCUUUUCCUGACUGAAGAUGACCUUGACCGCAUAGGUCAUCUCCGGGGUCGGGUCAAACCUGAGGUCAGUUCUAAAGAAGAUCAGCAGGCUCUAUGGGACAACAUGGAUAUAAUUGACUGUUUUGCUACUGACCAUGCACCACAUGCAGUGGAGGAGAAAAACUCUGAGAAGCCACCUCCAGGCUACCCAGGUCUGGAAACGAUGCUGCCACUCCUUCUGACUGCUGUCAAUGAUGGCCGACUGUCCCUUGAUGAACUGAUCGCGAGGCUGUACACUAACCCCAAACGUAUCUUCAACCUGCCUGACCAGCCAGACACUUACAUAGAAGUGGACAUGGAUUCACGCUGGACGAUACCCUCAGCCAUGCCGUUUACUAAAUCUAAAUGGACACCAUUUGAGGGUAUGGAGGUUAGCGGACGAGUGAAACGCGUGGUUCUACGUGGAGAGGUGGCCUACAUUGAUGGAGAGGUACUGGCUCAGCCUGGUCUAGGUAUUGAUGUCCGCAGCCAGACGCUAGUUUCAAGGUCCUCUGGUGAUCAGUUGUCCGUCCAUAUCCCCCAGAUGGGAGUGUGUGCCACCUCUCAGCCAUCAUCAGAACCAUCCAGUCCCCGUAAGGCUGUACUAUCCAAUUCUGACCGUUUCUCAGAUCGUGUCAGAGGUCGAGUGUCAGAUAUAUACUCUCCAUAUGGUGCAAAUGAAAUAUCUGAGGUUGACUCAGGUAUGAAAGAGCCACGACCGGAAAGGCAGAGGCUUGAUAGCUUCCGUGACAGAGAAUUUGGAGGUGGUGAUUUCAGUAAAAAAGAUGUUGGCCUGCUGUCUCCAAAUCAGGGGAUGAUGUUGCCUCCUGCCUCACAGAACCUGCUCAAUCCCCUGGGGCUACUGCAUUCCACCCCGGGGCUCACUGGCCACCACAUUCUCACUGUCAAUAAUUUUAAUAGGGACCAGCUUCACCACCUGUUUAACUUGGCCCAUCAGCUGAGGAUAUCAGUACAGAGAGACAGAAACCUGGAUUAUGUACUAAAGGGCAAGGUGAUGGCGUCCAUGUUUUAUGAGGCAAGUACAAGAACAAGCUGUUCCUUUACUGUGGCGAUGCAGCGACUCGGUGGAACUGUUGUUCACCUUGACCAAACCUCCUCUUCAAGUAAAAAAGGCGAGACACUGGAAGAUACUGUGGUAAUGAUGGCUGGAUACACGGAUGUUUUGGUUAUAAGGCACCCCCAACCAGGUGCUGUUGAUGAAGCAGCGAAAAAAGCUCGCAAACCUGUGAUUAACGCUGGUGAUGGAGUUGGGGAGCACCCAACUCAAGCUCUCCUCGAUGUUUUCACAAUUAGGGAGGAAAUCGGAACAGUAAAUGGACUUGUGAUAACCAUGGUUGGAGACUUAAAGAAUGGUCGCACCGUCCACUCUCUGGCUAAGUUGUUGACGUUGUAUCGAGUCACACUGCGCUACGUGUCUCCUGAUGGACUGCAAAUGCCAGACACCAUCAAAGAGAUAGUGGCAUCAAAGGGAAUCGCACAGAGUGAGUACAGGAACCUUGAAGAUGCUCUCCCUGAUACAGAUGUACUGUAUAUGACCCGUAUCCAGAAGGAGCGCUUUGUGUCUGAGGAGGAAUACAUGAAAGUUGCAGAUAAGAUUGUGGUGAGUCCCAAGAUAAUGACAAAAGCCAAGAAGAGGAUGGUAGUGAUGCACCCACUACCCAGGGUGAAUGAGAUAGAUCCUCUCUUUGACACUGAUCCACGUGCAGCUUAUUUCCGACAGGCAGAGAAUGGCAUGUACAUCCGUAUGGCACUGCUGGCAUUGGUACUUGGAAAAUGUUGAAAACGGGGUCGGAUGAAGACUGAAUUUGAAAAUAAUCACGCAAAAACAUUAUAAAUUGUACAAUGUGAUUUUAGCAUAAGAACAACUGAAUUUGUUACAAGGAGUGUUUAUACUAAAAUACAUGGAAUAACAUUGUUAACGACAGGUAAAAUGUAUUGACAAAUGUAGAGAACAAAAUAUAUGUAUAUAAAAAGAAACACCUGAUCAAACAUUUAACUAGUUGAUAAAGAAAUGGUGAUAACUUCUCAAAUGUUGUCUGUAGUAUGAAGAUUGACAAUUAUGUAAAUUAUCUGGUGAGAGAUAAUGUAAUCCAGAUUGGAAUUCUGAUGUGGACAUAAAUAGCCGGUGAUAAAUUGAUUUACAAAAAUAUUGAUGGUUAGAGAAAACUUGUAAGGAUUUAUGUACUGUUGACUAAAACUUGUCCAAAGCCUGGAGAGUACUGAUUAGGAUAAAUAAAUAAAGUUUUAAUUUGUAGUUCAAUUGGUACAGAUUUUAAAUCCCAUAAAUAUAUUUUAUAAUUAUUGUAAGAAGAAAUACCUGGCAGAAAAGUGCGAUAUUGUAUUAUAUAGAGGUUUUUUUUUUUUUUUUCAAAUUUUAUAAGACCAUCCAUUUUUUCCAAAAUAAUUUUUGUUGUAGCAGCUGUAGUGCUUUGUGAUAUCCAGUUCAAAUGGAAAAUGCUUUAUUGAGGAAGAAAAAUCUAAUGCUUUGUUAGAGACUUGAUUAUCAAAUCAUGUUAAUGAAUAUUAUUAAUGAUAUUUACAAAACUGUAUUAGAAUAACAUUGUACUGGUGAAGGUUGAUGAGAAAAUAUUGGUACAUUAUAUAUAUAUUUAGAUAUAUUAAAAUAAAUUGUAUAUGUGUUUAUCAAAGGUUUGGCACUAUGUCGUGUUACACACGAGUGACAAGUGAUUUGUGUUAUACGGGUAUCCCACAUACUACCAUGUUCUGUUUUCUGUAGAACUAUUAGAAGAAAACAGAAAGGAAGUUAUGUCUGAAAACUUCAUGAAAUAAUUUGAAUAUGAUCUUUUAGAUGCUUUGCUGUUUUGAAUCAGAUACGUUUUGCUUCAGUAUCACUUGACUGAGGUAUGUAGUAUAUAAUAAUACACUGUAUUAGUUUCUAAAUGAUUUACACCUAUUUUUAAGCUGCUUCAUGAUAUUUCUCAUAUCUGUCAACAGUAGACUUACAUUGCAUUUAAACUUUUUAUCAGAU